AACAUUGCCAGGGCUGUAAAACACCAAAGACGAAUCACACUGGCCUGAUAGCUCCUAAAUAGUCAGUUUCAUUCCUUUUGCGGUGCUUAUAUUCUUAACUGUGCAGCUAUAAUCUUAUCAACAGAAAUCAUGACAAACGAAGUAGCUAUUGGUAUUGAUCUUGGAACCACCUACUCCUGUGUUGGAGUGUUCCAGCAUGGCAAAGUUGAAAUCAUCGCCAAUGACCAGGGCAAUAGGACCACACCCAGCUAUGUGGCCUUCACGGACACAGAGAGGCUGAUCGGAGAUGCAGCCAAGAAUCAGGUUGCCAUGAACCCCUGCAACACAGUCUUUGAUGCCAAGAGGCUGAUUGGCCGCAGGUUUGAUGACGCAGUCGUGCAGUCAGACAUGAAGCACUGGCCAUUUAACGUCGUCAGUGACAGUGGUCGUCCCAAGGUUCAAGUUGAGCACAUGGGUGAGACAAAGUCCUUCUACCCUGAGGAGAUCUCCUCCAUGGUGCUGACCAAGAUGAAGGAGAUUGCUGAAGCCUACCUCGGAAAAACUGUCAACAAUGCUGUAGUUACGGUGCCCGCCUACUUCAAUGAUUCCCAGCGCCAGGCCACUAAGGAUGCCGGCACGAUCUCUGGCCUCAAUGUUUUGCGUAUCAUCAACGAACCAACUGCUGCUGCCAUUGCCUACGGUUUAGACAAGAAGGUUGGCACAGAGAGGAACGUCCUCAUCUUUGAUCUUGGUGGUGGAACCUUCGAUGUGUCCAUCCUGUCGAUCGACGAUGGCAUCUUUGAGGUCAAAUCCACGGCUGGAGAUACUCAUCUUGGUGGUGAAGACUUUGACAACCGCAUGGUGAACCACUUCAUUGCAGAGUUCAAGCGCAAGUACAAGAAGGACAUCAGUGGCAAUAAGAGAGCUGUCCGUCGUCUGCGCACAGCUUGUGAAAGAGCAAAGCGCACACUGUCUUCCAGCACCCAGGCCAGCAUUGAAAUCGACUCCCUGUAUGAGGGAGUUGACUUCUACACCUCCAUCACCAGGGCUCGCUUUGAGGAGCUCAACGCUGACCUGUUCCGUGGCACCUUGGACCCUGUGGAAAAAUCUCUCUGUGAUGCUAAGAUGGAUAAGGUUCGGAUUCAUGACAUUGUGCUGGUCGGUGGCUCCACCCGUAUCCCCAAGAUCCAGAAGCUUCUCCAGGACUUCUUCAACGGAAAGGAACUCAACAAGAGCAUCAAUCCAGAUGAAGCUGUGGCCUAUGGAGCUGCUGUCCAGGCUGCCAUCCUGACUGGAGACAAGUCUGAGAAUGUGCGGGAUCUGCUGCUUCUGGACGUCACCCCUCUGUCCUUGGGUAUUGAGACUGCUGGAGGUGUCAUGACUGUCCUGAUCAAGCGUAACACCACCAUUCCAACCAAACAGACACAGAUCUUCACCACCUACUCUGACAACCAGCCUGAUGUGUUCAUCCAGGUGUAUGAGGGUGAGCGUGCAAUGACCAGAGACAACAACUUGCUGGGCAAGUUUGAGCUGACUGGAAUCCCUCCUGCUCCACGCGGUGUUCCCCAGAUUGAGGUGUCAUACGACAUUGAUGCCAACGGCAUCAUGAACGUUUCUGCUGCUGACAAGAGCACUGGAAAGGAGAACAAGAUCACCAUCACCAAUGACAGUGGUCGUCUCAGCAAGAACGACAUUGAACGCAUGGUCCAGGAAGCUGAGCAAUACAAGGCAGAGGACGACCUCCAGCGUGAGAAAGUGUCUGCUAAGAACAGUCUAGAGUCGUACGCUUUCAACAUGAAAUCCACGGCGGAGGAUGAGAAGCUUGCUGGCAAGAUCAGUGUUGGCGAAAAGCAGACGAUCUUGAACAAGUGUAAUGAGGUCAUCAGCUGGUUAGACCAGAACCAGACUGCCGAGAAGGACGAAUAUGAGCAUAAGCAGAAGGAGCUGGAGAAGAUGUGCAACCCCGUUAUCAGAAAGCUGUACCAGAGCACUGGCAUGCCCGGUGGCAUGCCUGGUGCUACGCCUAGUGGUGAUUGCUCUGAACCAAGCAUUGAGGAGGUUGAUUAAAACUGAGAAUGAGUCAGAUUUCCAAGCUCACAUUUUACAACUACGGCUGCCCCCGUCCCCAUAAAUAAGUUUUGUCUAGUUUUUGCUCAUUUAAAUGUAUGCAUGAAUAUAAAGGAAAUGGCUUAA